AAUAUUUUUAAAUAAUUUAUAAAAAUGGAACGAAAACUUUAUUUCGGACUCCAAGAACAAAUUUAAAACAAAUAGUAUCGCUAUCCAACAAAUUUCAUCAAAACUAGCAGGUAUUUUAAUUACUUAAAUAGGUACAAUUUCAUUACAUUUCUUCCCUAUUCAUUAACAUUGUAAUUCUAAAGAAUGGCAAAUAUUUAUUUUCUUAUCAUAGCUAUAUUGUCAUUCUUUAAAUCUAUAUCCCCAUUUAGUCCAAUCUCCUCAAUUGCACCAUUAAUUUUUGUGGUAUCCUUAUCAAUGUUAAGAGAUGGAUAUGAAGAUUACUAAAAGCAUAUAAGCGAUAAUGAAUUGAACUCAUCACCUGCUACAAUUUGGACAGAAUAAGGUUUUGUAAAAAAAACAUGGAAAGAUGUGCUUAUUGGAGAUAUCCUUAAAAUUGAUGAAUUAGAAAUCAUUUCCUCAGAUAUUGUUGUUUUAUAAACCUCUCAAGAUGGUAUAUGUUUCAUAGAAACAUCUUCUCUAGAUGGAGAAAAGAAUCUCAAACCUAAAUAGGCAAUAAAAGAAACUUAAACAAUUGAAUGCAGAUCUGGCAUUAUUGAAUGUAUAAAUCCCAAUCCUCUUCUUUAUACAUUUGAUGGCACCUUAUAUUUAGAUUCCAAAAAAAUCUAAAUCACUCAUAAAAACUUCUUAUUAAGAGGAUCUAAAUUAAAAAAUGUAAAAUAUGUGAUUGGUGUUGUUGUUUACACAGGAAUUGAUACUAAAGUCAUGAGAAAUUCUGAAGGUCAAAAAAAUAAAGUAAGUAACAUAGACAAGCUCAUCAAUAUAAGAAUAAUAUUCAUUUUAAUUAUGCAAACAGUUAUUUGUAUUGUUUUAGCAUUUGUGUAUGGCAUUAAUUGUGAUAUUAAAAGUGCAAAUUUUAACUAUUUUAGUAGAAACUUUGCAGGAUAUCAAUCUUUUAAUGGUUAGGAUCAAAUUUAUGAUCCUGAUAUCCCUCAUUGUUUUUUGGCAUCUUUAAUGACUUUUGCUGCUUAUUUCUUACUCUUAAAUACAUUAAUUCCCAUCAGUUUAAUUGUUUCUUUAGAAUUCGUUAAAGUUGGAUAAGGAUUUUUCAUGUAAAAAGAUGCAGAAAUGUAUUCAGCUGAAAAUGAUAAAUAUGUUAAAGUAUUUAGUACAACUAUUAAUGAAGAACUUGGUUAAGUUUAAUAUAUUUUUUCUGAUAAAACAGGAACUUUAACUUGUAAUAAAAUGGAGUUUAAAUUGUGUGUUUGUGGAGAUUCUGUUUAUGGUGAUGUCACAAUGUUUAAUAAAUAAGAAAUAACUACUUUUGUUGGAAAUUAAAUUUUAAGAAGAUAAAGCACACUAUAUAGAAGAAGAUCAACUGUAGUAAAUGCAAAGGCUGGAAUUGAAUAUGAUUUUUCAGGAGAUAAAAUUUUAUAAAUUAUAACAGAAAAAGAUCCAUCUAAAAAUCCAAAUAUUGAUUUUAUGGUUGAUAAAUAUGCCAUUCAUAAUUAAGGAGAUUUAGUUAAGGAAAACUUGAUGCUUUUAGCAACUUGUCAUGAAUGUGUUUUGGAAUAUUAAGAUGAUGGAUCAUUUAUCUAUUAAGGGCCAUCUCCAGAUGAAAUUGCACUUGUUGAUGCUGCCAGAAGACUUAAGGUCAUUUAUAAGGGUAUAACAAUGGGUAUAAUGGAGAUUGAAGUUUUAGGUGAAAUUUAAAAAGUUGAACUUCUAUUUGCAUUUGAAUUUAAUAGUGAUAGAAAGAGAAUGUCUGUCAUAAUUAGAUAGAAUGGAGUAAUAAAACUUUAUACUAAAGGAGCAGAUGCUAUAAUUAAAGCUAGAUUAUCUCCAAAUUAAAAAUAUUUAGAUGGAAUAGAUUAAAAAUUAGAUAUGUUUUCAAAAAAAGGACUUAGAACUUUAUGUUUAGCUAUGCGUAUUCUUAGUGAAGAGUAAUUUAAUCAGUUUUCAAAGGCUAUGAAUGAUACUUUAGGAAGUGGAGACACAGAGAAACUUUAAGAGGAACUCAUUAAUUAAAUUGAAAAAAAUUUAACGCUAAUAGGAGCAACAGCUGUAGAAGAUAAAUUACAAGAGGAUGUUCCAGAAACGUUAGCUGAUUUUUUAAAAGCUAAUAUAAAUGUUUGGAUGCUUACAGGAGAUAAAUUAGAAACUGCAGAAAAUAUAGGAAGAUCCUGUAAUCUAUUAUAAGAUAAUAUGGAUGUAUUUACUUUAACACCAGGUUGUGAAACAAUUAAAAUUUUUAAUGAUAUAGCAGAUCACAUAGUAAAUAAUUAUUCAACUAAAAGAGCUAUUAUAAUUGAAGGUAUAGUUUUAGCAACUUUAAUUGAUGAUUAAAAUUUAAUGAAUUAUUUAAUAUCAUUAGUUCCAUUUUUACAUACAGUAAUUUGCUGUAGAGUUACUCCUAAAUAAAAAGCUGAUAUGGUAAGAUUGGUCAAAAAUUCAUUAGGCAAAAUAACAUUAGCAGUUGGUGAUGGUGCAAAUGAUGUUAACAUGAUUUAAGAAGCUCAUAUUGGUAUUGGAAUUUAUGGAUAAGAAGGAAUGAGAGCUGUUUAAGCUAGUAAUUACGCAAUAGGAUAAUUUAAAUGUCUUUGGAAAUUAGUAUUAUAUCAUGGACGUUAAAACUAUAUUCGUAUUUCUGAAAUGAUUUUGUACUUCUUUUACAAAAACAUCAUUUUUACUAUCCCAUAAUUUUAUUUUGCAUUCUUCUGUGGACAUACUGGAACUAGUGUUUUUGAUUAAUUGUAAAUUUUAUUAUAAUCUUAGUUUUGUAUCCUUUUACAAUACAGUAUUCACAUUUUUACCUGUUGUGAUUAGAGCAAUCUUUGAUGAAGAUGUUUUUUAUACAUCUAAAAGAAAAUAAACUAUUUUGGGAAGUAGAAGAAUUAAAGAAGGAGAAGAAGAAAAUGAUAUUCUUAGACAAAACUAUCCUCUUCUUUAUUACAUAGGAUAAAGAAAUACAGUAUUUACUAAUGAAAAGUAAUCAAUUAUUUCUUAAUUAGAUUCUUUAAAUGGUUUUUUAUAGGAGUAUUUUAAGGAUUAGCAUGCUUUUUCUCUUUUUAUUUAGAAUUAAAUGAUACAACAUUUAUCAAAAAAACAGGAUUAAACAACGAUUUUUGGUUUUUCAGCAUGUCAAUGUCUACUGCUAUUAUGAUUGUAAACUAAAUCUUUAUAAUCAGCUUGUAACUUUAAAAUUAGCCUUGAAUACUUAAUUUUGGACAUUAAUCACUUGGUUUGCAUAUAUUGGAACGAGUUUAGGCACCUAUUUUGCUUAUAUGUUGGUCUCAAAUAUUAUUCCUUAAUCAUCAAUCUAUGGUACUACAAGAAUGUUAUUUUCCAGUCCUGCAUUUUAUUUAAGUCUUGCUUUAUCUGUUCUUUCAAUGUUUAUUCUUGAUUUAUUAAUUUUCACAAUGAAGGUUUCAAAAGAUACUCUUUUAAAUUAUAUGAAAAGAUAAGCAAGAUCAUCCCAAAAUUUAGAAUUAUCUAAAAUUAAAAAAUUAUAAAAAAAAAAUGAUGAAAAUAAUGAAUUAGAAAUGCCUAUUUAAAGGUUGUAGUAAUAAAAGAGUCUUAUUAAUUCUAGCUUUAGCGGAAGUUAACCUAUUAUAGCAAGAAAUAGAGAAAAUUCAAAUUUCUAUUUAUGA